CUUCCCCCACCUAGCCUCCAUCAGUGCCACCUUGAGGAGUCGAGGUGUCGCCACAGCCAGCUUACCAACUACAACCAGCUACCAACGAGUGAUUAGAACCAACUCCCACCGCCGCCGCCACGAUGCUGAGGUUCGCGUUUCUACUCGCGCUGGCGCUGCGGUGCGGAGCCAACCACCUGCUGACAGAUUAUCAGGUGAAACUGCUGAACACCAGCGUCGUUCGUGCGGCGCAGACACCUCAGUCCGUGGCCUUCGCAGUGCCCUCGUGCGAGAUCUCCACGAUCGCGGGCACCAUGCUCAACAUCUUCGUGACGCCCAACACGACCGGAGUCGAGGUGAUCGUUGGGCAGGUGGCGGUGCCGGGGUGUCGCGUGGCGCGGGCCGUGUCGGGGCAGGUGGUGUCUGGGAACGACGGGAAGGGCCCGGGCAUCCCCGUGCCCAGCGGAGUGGCCUAUCGGGUCACGGGGCUCACCCCCAGCACCAGUUACUCGGUGGUUCUCCGCCAUCCAACAUCGGGGGUGCAGUCCGUGCCCGGGAUCCUCAGCACGGCGAAUGUGCGCACCCCCCGCAGCGCGGUGGACGCGGAGGCGUUCUCGCGCUCGGGAGGAAUGGUGGUGAUCACGGUCAUCCUCUCCGUCCUGAUCUUCCUGCUCAUUGCCAUCCUCGUCGCCGCCUUGCUGCUCGGAAACAAAAAUUGAAAGGGAUUGACCCCUCCCCGAGACCCCCUCCCCGAGACCCCCUCCCCGAAACCCCCUCCCCGAAACCCCCUCCCCGAGACCCCCUCCCCGAGACCCCCAAUACUUUGAAACCCCAAACUCCUAAGAUCCUGAGACUCACGCUCAGGUCAUCAGACACACUCACUCGGGUCCGUGGCAUCUCGCUUGCCAGAUGAGGGACCCCCCUUGUACUCGUCCCCUCGUCUAAUGUGAAGGACCCCUGUAUUUUCUUGGCGUUUGUCUUGUACGUGUCCUGCCUAGGGUCCGUGUAGUUGAGUUUAAGGCAGUGUGGUGUUUAAAUUUUGACUGCGUGAAUGCUGUAUCGCGUUUUAAAUGUCGCCUGGCUCUACUCCGCGUUCGUUUGAAGACAUCGCUGCUCCGCUCCUGUGACCGCGCGGCAGCGAUCACCGCGUCCGUGAAUUAAUAAAUCUGAAACUGCC